AUGGAUUUUCAAACUGCUAUUACUAUGCUAGUUCAAGUAGUGUCCAACCAAGGGGUUGCGGGUCCUCCUAAUGUUCCCACUCCGGCUUCUAUGGUGAGGGACUUUGAAAAGAUGAACCCUCCGGAGUUCUAUAGUUUAAAAGUUGAUGAAGAUCCCCAAGAGUUUAUCGAUGAGUAUGCUCCUUCAUUAGUUGCUGAUCCACGUGACCAAAUGAGUCAAUUUAUAUCAGGGGUAUCCAACUUGGUUGCUAAGAAAUUCCAUACCACCAUGCUUAUCAAGAAAAUGGAAAUAUCUCGGCACAUGACUUUCAUUGAGAAAAUUGAGGGAGAAAAACUCAAGGAGAUGAGAAUGAGUGAUUCUAAGAGAGCCCGAUAUAAAUGUGGGUUCUUAAAAGCUAGGUACGAUGGUGGUAGUGGCCUUUCUCAACAAGGCCAAGGUUCUAGAAAGAAGUUCAUUAAUGAUAAGGUGCCAUACCCUAAGGCUCAAACAGGAGAUGUGAAUGCUAGUAGCCCUUCCUUUCCCAAGUGUGCAAAAUGCAGGAAGAAUCAUGGAAGGAGAUGUUUGAUGGAAACUAGUGCUUGCUUUGGAUGA